AUGGCCUUGUUCUUUCAAAUACGAGAUGAUUAUAUGAAUCUGGUCUCGGACGAAAUGGCGAAGCAAAAAUCGUUUGCAGAAGAUCUCACUGAAGGGAAAUUCUCAUUUCCCAUCAUUCAUGCGAUACGAAGCUCUCCGGUGUCCAGCAACGAUGACCCCGUGCUAAGUACGUUGGUCACAUAUUUUUUUGAGGCGCCUGUGUUUGUAUUCCCUGCAGAGUCCUAG